UUUUGUCUGGGUUGCGGAGAUGUAAGGAAUACUGGGUUGUGAGGGAUGCAAAGGUGUAAUGGAUGCAGAAAUGUAAGAGAUGUACAGAUGUGAGAGAUACAGGAAUAUAAGGGAUACAGAUAUGUAAGGGAUGUAAGGAUGUAAAGGAUACAGGAAUGUAAGGAAUGCAGAGAUGUAAAGGAUGCAGAUGUCAUGAUACCUCGGUGGGGGUGUCUAGAACCCCAUUAAGUCGUGACCUAUCGAGAAGAAAGACAUAUCUAGACUUUAUGUAGCUAAAGUCACUGACCUGAUUCAUAAGACUAGAAUCAAGUAGAAUUUGUAGGACCUUCGUUAUCGCACAGUAGAAUUAACCUUAAUAAUCUUAAGCUGGUUAUACUCUUAUUUCGCAGAAAGCGAUUAGAUUCACUGAAAGGAAAAAUUUUGUUUUCCUUGCUGAUUUAAAUUUAGAAGAAUGGUAUUUCUAAGUGCACGAUUAUUUCCAAGAUCCCGUGGCCCUGAUGAAUUUUGGCGGAAACGCCAGAUAUUUAAACUUGCUGCUCAUUAUAUUGGAAGAAGAAGAAAUUGUUAUAGUAUAGCUAUAAGAACUGUAACAAGAGCAUUGGUAUACGCUUCAAAGGCAAGGAAACUUAAAAAGGAGGAUAUGAAGGAGCUUUGGGAAAGUAGAAUAAAUGCUGCUGCAAAUGAACAUGGUAUUAAUUUUAAAACUUUAAUGGAAGGAUUAACUAGAUCUAACAUUUUCCUAAAUCGCAAAUCACUGUCAACUUUGGCUGUUUGGGAACCAAGAACAUUUAAAUCUUUAUCUGACAUUGCUUGUGCAAAAGCAAAAUUAGGACAUGUCAAGGAUGUUACCAACAAUGCUAUGCCUAAAACUGUUAUAUGUAAAGGAUUAGUCGAUGAAUUGGAUUAAACUCAUUUAUAAAAUAAACAGUAAAACUUACAUUAAUAUUAUAUUGUAAUAUUUAUUAUGUUAAUAGUUAUAUAUUUACAGCAGGUUUAUAUUUUAAAGAAAAACAGAAUGAAAUAUACUAUAUGAUAAUUUCA